AGGGCGGAGUAUUCGGAAAGUGCUGCUCGGAUUGGGGCGCUCGACAGGGGGAAGAGAGAUGGCGUGCUUGUUGGAGGCCCCUCUCCGCAUCAGCGUGUUAUCUGAGGUCACGGCCACCAGCCGCCAUUAUGUUGACCGGCUGUUCCAUCCCGAUCCACAGAAAGUGCUGCAGGGAGUCAUUGACAUGAAGAAUGCUGUCAUCGGAAACAACAAACAGAAAGCCAACCUGAUUGUCCUGGGAGCUGUGCCCAGGUUACUGUACCUGCUCCAGCAGGGCUCAUCCAGUUCUGAGCUGAGGACAGAGGAUGCGGUGGUGCUGGGCUCACAGCUGAGGACAGACGGUGCGGUGGUGCUGGGCUCAGAGCUGAGGACAGAGGGUGCGGUGGUGCUGGGCUCAGAGCUGAGGACAGAGGGUGCGGUGGUGCUGGGCUCAGAGCUGAGGACAGAGGGUGCGGUGGUGCUGGGCUCAGAGCUGAGGACAGAGUGUGCGGUGGUGCUGGGCUCAGAGCUGAGGACAGAGGGUGCGGUGGUGCUGGGCUCAGAGCUGAGGACAGAGGGUGCGGUGGUGCUGAGGACAGAGUGUGCGGUGGUGCUGGGCAGUCUGGCCAUGGGCACCGAGAAUAACAUCAAGUCCCUGGUGGACUGUCACAUCAUCCCUGCUCUGCUGCAAGGUCUCGUAUGUCCAGACCUGAUCUUCAUCGAGGCUUGUCUACGCUGCCUCAGGACAGUCUUCAUCAGUCCAGUCACCCCAGUGCAGCUGCUCUACACUGACCCCACUGUGAUUCCCCACUUGAUGUCCCUAAUGAGUCGGUCUCCGCGGACACAGGACUACAUCACCCAGGUCUUCUCCCACUGCUGCCAGAGUCCAGAGCAUCAGACGGUUCUGUUUAACCACGGUGUGAUCCAGAACAUUGCUCCCAUGCUCAUCUCUCCCUCCUAUAAGGUACGUAUGCAGGCGUUAAAAUGCUUCUCAGUCCUGGCCUAUGAGAACACUCAGGUCUCCAUGACAUUGGUGAAUGUGCUGGUUGAUGGGGAUCUGCUCUCUCAGGUAUUUGUCAGAAUGAUGCAAAGGGAUCGGCCCAUUGAAAUGCAGCUCACAGCAGCCAAGUGUCUAACAUACAUGUGUCGAGCGGGAGCCAUCAGAACAGAUGACAGGUGCAUUGUUUUAAAGACCCUGCCUUGCCUGGUGAGGAUGUGCAGUAAGGAGAGGUUGUUGGAGGAGCGUGUGGAGGGGGCAGAGACCCUGGCCUACCUGAUGGAGCCUGAUGUGGAGCUGCAGAGGAUCGCCAGUGUAACAGACCAUCUAGUGGCCAUGCUGGCUGACUACUUCAAAUACCCCAGCUCUGUCAGCGCCAUCACUGACAUCAAGAGGUUGGAUCACGACCUGAAGAACGCACAUGAGCUGAGGCAAGCUGCCUUCAAGCUGUAUGCUUCACUGGGCUCCAACGAUGAAGACAUCCGCAAGAAGAUCACAGAGACCGAGAACAUGAUGGACAGGAUAGUGAGCGGCCUGUCAGAAUCCAGCAUCAAGGUGCGGCUAGCAGCCGUCAGGUGUCUUCACAGUCUGUCCCGGUCAGUCCAGCAGUUGAGGACUAGUUUUCAUGAUCACGCAGUAUGGAAACCCCUUAUGAAGUUGUUACAGAACGCUCCAGACGAGGUGCUGGUCAUGGCCUCUUCUACACUAUGCAACCUGCUGCUGGAGUUCUCCCCCAGCAAAGAGCCUAUCCUGGAGUCAGGGGUGAUAGAGUUACUGUGCAGUCUGACCCAGAAUGACAAUCCAGCCCUGAGGGUCAACGGCAUUUGGGCUCUCAUGAACAUGGCGUUCCAGGCAGAGCAGAAGGUGAAAGGGGAGAUUGUGAGAGCUUUGGGGACAGAGCAGCUAUUCCGUCUGCUCUCUGACCCGGACACUAACGUCCUGAUGAAGACCUUGGGCCUGCUACGGAACCUGCUCUCCACACGACCUCACAUAGACCAGAUCAUGAGUUCCCAUGGGAAGCAGAUCAUGCAGGCGGUCACUCUGAUCCUGGAGGGGGAACACAGCAUCGAGGUCAAGGAGCAGACACUCUGCAUCCUAGCCAACAUUGCUGAUGGCAACACAGCCAAGGAACUCAUCAUGACCAAUGACGACAUCCUCCAGAAAAUCAAAUAUUACAUGGGUCACUCUAAUGUGAAGCUCCAGCUGGCAGCAACAUUCUGCAUCUCCAACCUGAUCUGGAAUGAGGAGGACAGUGAGGCCGAUGCCAUGACAGGCUGCCAGGAGCGUCAGGACAAGCUGAGGGACUUGGGCUUUGUAGACAUUCUGCACAAACUCACCCAGGCCUUAGACCCCAACCUCUGUGAAAGGGCGAAAACAGCGAUGCAGCAUUAUCUGGCGUGACCCCACGGGAGCAGUCUCAGAUGUUGUUGCCCCUAACAACACAACUAACAAACCAACUGCCUGCCAGGAGGAGACCUGCCAGGAGGGACCUGCCUCCUUGCUGCCAUUGUUUUGUUCUGAUCUCCUUCACUUUAAUCUUCAGUUUUUGUUUGUUUGCACAAAGACACCUUCCACCUCAUCACCCCAAUACUGACCCCAUCCCAGCCGGAGACUUUAAGACAAGGUUGGAUGGGGAAACGAGCGCUUGCUGCUCACCAACGCUUACUGGGGGUAGGUUUCAUUUUUAAAAUUGUUUUUUUAUGCAGAGGUGAAGUUUUUGUUUCUUGGACUUAAUGUGAAUGAAGAAAGGAUUAGUAGCGUGCAGUACAGGAGCCAGCCACCGCAGCACAACGCCACCUUGUGGCCAGGAGGCCUUGGUGCUUUUGGACUAGUUAUGGAGAUGGACAGAAAGACGUCGCAGAGAGCCGGACUAAAGGGUCUGACGGACUAAAGGGUCUGACGGACUAAAGGGUCUGACGGACUAAAGGGUCUGACGGACUAAAGGGUCUGACGGACUAAAGGGUCUGACGGACUAAAGGGUCUGACGGACUAAAGGGUCUGACGGAGAUGGCAGGGUUGUGGGAGCAUCGCUUCCUCUUGGUUUAAUUUAGCUAAUUAUUCAUUAUUGAUAUUAUUAUUAUUUGAAUGGCUUUAUGUCACGAGAGGACAUGUUUGGGUAAAAAAGACUGUUAAUUUUGAAAUGUGUGGUGGUUUCUUUUUUUGUGUGCGUAAAUACCUCGUAAAUAUAAACAUAUUUUUGGGAUUCGUA